AUGGCCGACUCCACGAAAUCCCCCAAACCCGUCUCCGUCCUCUUCGUCUGCCUCGGCAACAUAUGUCGCUCCACAAUGGCCGAAGGAGUAUUCCAAUCCCUCACAUCCCCAUCACACCCCCUAAUCACCACCAUCGACUCCUGCGGCACCGGCGCCUACCACGUCGGCUCCUCCCCCGACUCACGUACCAUGUCCACCCUCCGCGCCGCCAACAUAACCACCUACAAGCACUCGGCACGGAAAUUCUCGCCCCGCACCGACUUUGGCGACUUCGACUACAUCCUGUGCAUGGACGACGAGAAUCUCGCUGAUGUGGAGGCGUUGCGGAGAGAAGAGGUUAGGAGGUUGGGGGGCAGCGAGGAAGGUGUGGGCAAGGUCAUGUUGUUUGGUGAGUUUGGGGGGCGGAGGAGGAAGGCGGUGGGCAAGAGGAGUGAGCGUGGGGAGGAGAUUGAUGAUCCUUAUUAUGGGGGGGAUGAGGGGUUUAGGGUUGCGUUUGGGCAGUGUGAGAGGUUUGGGAGGUGUUUUUUGGAGAGGUUGGAGGCGGGGGAGCUUAGUUAG